UCAUUUUUCAGUAUAAGUUGAGUAUACACAAAAACAAAUUCAAUAAAAUCGAACCAAGUGGCGGGGUCGACUUCAUUCACUUCACAAAGUUGUUUUAUAUUUUCACACUUGCAGUUGUGUUUAAGAAGUGGAUGUGGAUGUUGUAUUUUAUAAACCAGAAUAAAUAUUAAUUGUUCAAAAUAAUUAAAACAAAUUUAUAUCAAAACCACGAAUAAAAUGAGGAAACCAAACAUUUUAUUUAUUGGAGCUUUAUGCGCCAUGAUAAUUCUGAUCAACGCCGAACCUAAUGAAGAACGAACCGAUAAUGUUGAAGAACCAGCAGUCCAGAAAAUUCACGUCUUACAGCCUGGCGAGAAAGAGUACCUUUCUCCGAAUCUGAUUGGAGUUCAAAAUAUCGCAAUAACAAAUAUUCCAGUUACAUUGAACUUUAUUAACAUAAUCGAUGCAUACAGAGAAGUAGUGGAUGGGGUUCGAUAUGAAGUCGUUUUGAAUGCUGUCAAUACAACAGACAACAACACCGAAAUAGUAUGUCGUAUAGUGGUGCUCGAGAAACCAUGGCUAACAACUUUAUGGGGUGAUAAAGUUCGCCUACUCAAGGAAUCAAAUUGCACCAACGAAGAACUACAACCUGAUUCCUUUCGAGAUAGCAAGGCUCUAGAAGAAAAAUAUGAAACAAAUGCAAUAUUUAGUGGCAAUCGAAAUGAGUUGACACCAAAUGAUAUGUCCAAUUUGGAAUCACAAAUAAUUGGAUCUUCCAAUAAUCCACAACUGACAAAACAGCGUGCUGCUAACCCCCUUCCCUCAACUACCGAAUCAAUUGUGUCUACAACAGAACAUGUGACUGAGUCAAUAGAAAAUGCGGAACAAACUAAUUCCAAUCCGAUCCAGCUAGAAGCAAACGGUGAUGAAGGCAGUAGUGAUAAAUUGGAACCUGUGGUUUCUUCGUCAAGCGAAUCAACUACCACUGAAAAGAUACCAGAACUAAAUGACAACGAAAAGAAAUGGUUAGACGAUUUUCUGUCAAUUGGAGCUUAUAAUUUUGAAACUUCUCUUGAGAAUAAGAAUCUUCAAAACACUAACAGCGAAGCUCAAGAAAGUGAUAAGAAGGAUGGUUUGGUUGGAGGACCAAAACAAUUUGAUGCUGACGAAAUCAAAGCUAAUCAAGAAAUUCUUUCCAAAUCAUUGGAUAAAAUUAAGUCCGGUGAUGCGCCACCAUAUGUAAUCGAUAAAUGUCUUUCUGGAUCAUCCCAAGUAGUUGCCGGCACCCUGGUUAAACUAGAUUGUCAAAUGGUUCACAAAGAAACUGGUGAAAAGGAUCGUUGUUUGAUGUCGCUAUGGUCACGUCCAUGGUUGAAAGAAGAUGGUUAUGAAGUAACUUUUGAGUGCAAAAAUGCACCAAAAAGCGUACAUCGCCAUAGCCGUUCAACCGAUGAAAAGCCUCGAUCUGUAAAACUUACAGGAAAUGCAAAACCACUUAAAGAAUUCGAGCUAAAAGAACAAGAAGGUAGAGUCUCGCAAUCACUAGCUAAGCUAGCAUCUGGCGAUGGACCUUCCUACAGCAUUUCAAAAGUAUUCAGUGGCACAAAACAAACCGUUGCUGGUUCUUUAGUAAAACUUUACGCUGAAUUAAUUGAUGGAAGUACAGGAGCUAAGGAAAACUGCACUGUGUCCUUAUGGUCAAGACCAUGGAUCCCAAUUGAUGGAUAUGAAGUAACAUUUGAGUGCAAGGACAAACAAAAGAUCGUUCAUCGUCAUAGUCGUUCCAUUGAGUAUGCGGAAAAAAAGACCAAUAAAAAGAGUUCUCGUUCAUUGGACAAAGUCGAGCAUUUAUUUCAAAAAUUUCAAACUCAAUACAAAAGGCAAUAUCAAAAUACAAUGGAAAGACAAAUGAGAUUGAGAAUUUUCAAACACAAUUUGAAAUUGAUUCAUGAUCUGAAUAAGAAUGAAUUAGGUAGCGCGAAAUAUGGUAUAACUGAGUUUGCUGAUAUGACAACAACUGAAUACAGAGAUAGAACUGGUCUUUUAUCCAGAGCUGAAAGCAAUUCUGUCCGUUCGCCAGCGAAAAUUCCCGAUGUGGAGUUGCCAAAAGAAUUCGAUUGGAGGGAAAAGGGUGCUAUUUCAAAGGUGAAAAACCAAGGAAGUUGUGGUUCGUGUUGGGCCUUCAGUGUAACUGGAAAUAUCGAAGGAUUACAUGCCGUCCGAACAGGAAACCUUGAAGAAUAUUCUGAACAAGAGCUACUUGAUUGUGAUACAAUUGACUCUGCUUGCAAUGGUGGCCUGCCUGACAAUGCUUACAAAGCUAUUGAAAACAUUGGAGGUCUUGAACUUGAAUCUCAAUACCCAUACGAAGCUAAGAAGAAGCAAUGCCAUUAUAAUUCAACCUUAACUCGUGUUAAAAUCUCAGGAGCUGUAGACUUACCAAAGAACGAAACCGAGAUGGCUAAAUUUCUUAUUGCAAAUGGACCAAUUUCCAUUGGUAUAAAUGCCAACGCUAUGCAAUUCUAUCGUGGUGGUGUUUCCCAUCCUUGGAAAAUGCUCUGCUCAAAGAAAAAUUUGGACCAUGGUGUGCUCAUUGUUGGUUAUGGUGUAUCCGAAUAUCCAACAUUCAAAAAGACACUUCCCUACUGGAUUGUAAAGAAUUCCUGGGGACCAAAAUGGGGUGAACAAGGUUAUUACCGUGUUUAUAGAGGUGAUAAUACAUGUGGUGUUAGCGAAAUGGCCACAUCGGCAGUACUUGCGUAAUAAAAUCGCGAAUAUACAUAUAAACAGCAAUAACAAACAAAUUUGUUCUUCCGUUUAGAGUUUUUUUUUAUAUGAAAAUUAAAUCGAUUUUCUUUUUAAUUUUGUGUCAUAAUAAUGUAUCAGGAAUGAUUUUCUUUUAUAAAAUCAUACUUAUAAAUUUAUCCGUAGAUUCUCAUUAAAAAUGUUUAUUAGAUCAUCUGCUAAUAAAAUAAUAAGGAAAAAAAUGGUUUCUUUUUAAA